UUUUAACCAGUUAUCCAAAGUACCACCAAUAAUACUGUUCGUGUUAAUAAAAUUGUACGUGAAAUAUAAGAGUAAAGAAGUGUGUGGUGUAUAUAGUUGGUUACAAAAUCCAAUUUUAUUUACUAAUUUUUUUUUUGUAAUUUUAAUUCUUUGAGUUUUUUGUUUUUUUUUUGUACCAAAUAACCAUUUUAUAAUUUUAGUGACAAAAAAAUAUUGAAAAAUUUAAUUUUGUAUUUAUAAAAUAUAUUUAAAAUUAUAUUAAACUAAAAUAAGUUUAUUUAUGUUAAAAUUUAAGUCAUAAUUAAAAUAUUAAUUUUAACUAGAUUUAGGUUAAUCUUUAGAAAAUAAAGUAACAUCUUCUAUUUAGAGUACUUACACAUUAUUUCCAUGUGUUUAUUAUUAUAUUUAAGAGAAGUGGUAGCCCUAGCCAUAUAAACAACCCACAUUCUCUUUUUAAAAAAUUGUGCAUAUUAUCAAUUUAAAUAGUGUUACAUUAUAAGUAAUAAUAUACUGGUUAUAUAAAUAAAUCGUGUAUAAAUUAUUAUAUAUUAAUUAAUAUACUUGUGCUGUUUACAUUAAAAUUAAUUAUUAAAGUGAUAUUUCGAUUUAUUUUUUUUUUUUAAUUUCGUUUAACAUAAAAUUCAAAAGUUUAUGCAAAUUUUCAAAGUUUUUCAAAUGAAAAUGUAAAUUAAUAUAUUGUAUAUAUAUAUAUAUAUACACUUAUUCAAUGAUUUUUAGUAAUUAAUUUUUAAAUUCUAAAGUUAUUAAAAAGUGAGAGACAUUAUUUUUCAAUAUUAUUGAAAUUUUUUUUUGAAAAAGUUGUUUGUUAAAUUGUAAAAAAAAAAACCAUACUGUUAUGACCUCCAAACGUAUCAAAUGGAAACAUGUUUUUGAAAUGGUGCAGGAAUACUCGAGUUGGCAACAAGAAUAAUGAACCGGUAGUAAUAAAAAUCGGUGGCGUUAAAGGAAAAAAGAAACGUCAAUUUUUAAAAAAUAAAUCACACAAUAGGAUAGUAUCAACUAAAUAUACGUUAUUAACAUUUUUACCAUUAAAUUUAUUUGAACAAUUCAGAAGGAUAGCAAACUUUUAUUUUCUAUGUAUAACAAUUAUCGGAUUGUCAAUUGAUAGCCCAGUGAAUCCUAUAACAUCACUUCUACCAUUAGCAUUUGUUAUAUCUGUUACAGCUGGCAAGCAAGGAUAUGAAGACUAUUUAAGAUAUAAAACGGAUAAUAUAGUUAAUAAUUCACCAGUAACAGUAAUACGUAAUGGUGAAGAAUAUAAUAUUAAAUGUCAGGAUGUGGUAGAAGGAGAUCUAGUCUUAGUUGAACGAGAUUGUGAUGUACCAUGUGAUUUAGUAAUUAUGCAAUCAUCAGAUCCCAGUGGAAAAUGUUUUAUAACAACUGCAAAUUUAGAUGGUGAAACAAAUUUAAAAACAUUGGUUGUACCAAAAGGUGUACCUAAAGUUGAAACAAAUAAAAUUCAUACAUUGGGUACAAUUGAAUGUGAAAAAUCACGUUCGGAUUUAUAUAGUUUUAAUGGAAAAAUAAUUUUAUCAAAUGCAGCUAGUAAUGAUUCACAGUAUUAUACAAAUAUAAAUAAUGAGAUGGUCUCACCGGUAUUACCAUUAAGUACACAAAAUUUAUUAUUACGUGGUUCUAGACUUAAAAAUACUGAUUUUGUUAUUGGUUGUGCUGUAUAUACUGGAAUGGAUACAAAAUUAGCUUUAAAUAUGACAAUGACACGUAAUAAAGUUUCAUCGGCCGAAGAGUAUAUUAAUAAAUUUAUAAUAUUUAUAUUAGUAACAUUAUUGGUAUUAGUAACAUUAAUGUUUUUUACAAAACGUUAUAUGGAAAUGUUUAGAGUUGAAAAACAUGGCUAUUUAGGACCAAAAAUAGAUAUUGAAAGUCCAUCCAGUAUCGUUCAAGAUUUUUUAGGAUUUUUCAUAUUAUUUAAUUAUUUAAUACCGAUAUCAUUAUAUGUAACAAUUGAAUUACAUCGAAUUAUUGGAGCAUUCUUUAUGGAAUGGGAUAAUGAUUUAUACUGUAAGGAUAUGGAUCAGCAAUGCAUUGUUAAUUCAUCAAGUUUAAAUGAAGAAUUGGGGCAGAUUAAUAUUUUGUUUUCUGAUAAAACUGGGACAUUAACAAAAAAUGAAAUGUCAUUUCAACAGUGUUCUAUUAAUGGCAAAAAAUAUUAUUUUAAUAAUACGAAAUUACGAGAUAUGGAAACCUCAAGUGAAAUAGAUUUAAGUGAUUUUAAAGAAAAACAUAUGAACUUUUUUACUGCCAUAGCAUUGUGUCAUUCAAUUCAAAUAGGUGGAAAACUAACAGAAGAACCUGAACUUGAAAAUGGUAUUAAACGAUUGGAUCAAACUGGUGCAAUGUCAGACAUAGCAGAAGAAAGCCAGUCCUCGCUCAAUGAUGAUACUGAAAGUGCCACAAAAGAAAUUAUUUCUGUUUUAAAGAAAGAUGACAACAAUCCAUUAUUGAACAAAAUAGAAAAUGCAAGAGUCAAGGCAGUGAAAAUAAGUCCGAAACUUCAUUCAUCACGACGGGUUCAUCCUGCAACAAUAGCAGCUUCAGCUCCUGUUUUAGAUCACGACACAGUAUCAUUUCCAACCUCUAUGGAUUUAAGAAAAUCAAAAGCACGUGCUAUAAAUAGAUCAAUCUCGCAGAUUGAUUUAUCUAGUAGUAGUUAUAAUAGUAAAAUUCUUAGACCAAAAAGUCAUAGGAGAACCCAGAGUUAUGGAUCGAAUCCAAAUGCUCCAAGAACUAUUGAUACAGAAGAUGUGGUGGAUUUUGUAGAUCAAAAUAUUACUUCUUCGCGUGAAUCAUAUGCUUUACCAAUUUUUACAUCAAGAUUAUCUUUAUCUCGUACUGAUUCGAAGAAAAUUAAAAGGAAAAUUCAAUACGUCAUAGAAAACCUAGAUUAUAUGGCAUCUAGUCCGGACGAAAAAGCUCUCUUGGAGGCCUGUGCUUUUCUUGGUGUUGUUUUUGUUGGUGAUGAAAACAAUAAACUUAAACUUAAGAUAUGUCCACCCUAUCUAGAUUUUAAAAUUCCAAAAGUGCUAAAUACAUGUCAAGUAGUUGAAUAUGAGCGUUUAUAUACAUUAGAUUUUACGUCUGAUAGAAAAAGAAUGAGUGUGGUUGUAAAAGAUAACAAUGGAACGAUUUGGGUGCUUACAAAGGGUGCUGAAAAUAUAAUAUUCCCAUUGUGCUCUAGGGAAUGUCGUAAUUUAAUUGAAAAGACUGGUUUACAUAUAGAUCAAUUUGCUAAAAGUGGUUUAAGAACAUUGGCCAUAGCACGCAAAAAAAUAAGUUUGGAAGAAUUCCAAAAAUUUGAAGCUGAAAUGGAUUUAUCGAAUCGUGAUUUAGAAAGACGAGAUAUAUUAAGGAAUGCAGCAUAUGCUAAUCUAGAAAAAGAUUUAGAUCUUCUAGGAGCUACUGGUGUAGAAGAUGCUCUUCAGGAUAAUCUUUAUGAAACAUUAGUAUCGUUAAAGUCAGCUGGUAUAAAAGUAUGGGUUUUGACUGGUGAUAAAAUAGAAACAGCAUUAAAUAUUGCUUUGGCCUCAGGCCAUAUAUCAGGAUCAUCAUUUAAAUACUUUAUAAUUGGAUGUAAAAGUAAAGAAGAACUUGAAAUGCAUUUGAAAUUAUUUGAUCAAGAGUAUGAUCAAAAUAAUAUUAAAGAAGCAUCUUUAUUAAUAGACGGUGAAAGUCUGAAAUACGUUCUUUCUGAUUUUUCGGAACAUUUUCGAAAAAUUGCAUUAAAAUGCGACUCAGUUUUAUGUUGUCGCCUUACACCUUUACAGAAAUCAGAAAUUGUUAGAUUAAUAAAAAGUAGUAAAGAGAAAAAAUAUAUUACAGCAGCUAUUGGAGAUGGUGCCAAUGACGUUUCAAUGAUUCAAGAAGCACAUGUUGGCGUUGGUAUAUUUGGAAAGGAAGGCAGACAAGCAGCAAGAUGUUCAGAUUUUGCUAUAGCAAAAUUUCAAAUGGUGAAAAGAAUAUUUUUAUUACAUGGACAUUAUCAUACCUCUAGAUUGUCCUUACUUGUAUUGUAUUUUUUUUAUAAAAAUACAGCUUUCAUGGGAAUUCAAGCAUUUUUUCAAUUUGAUUCAAUGUUUUCUGCAACUUCAGUUUAUGAUCCUUUUUUCUUAAUGUGUUUCAAUGUAGUAUAUACAGCACUUCCAAUUUUAUUUAUUUCAUUGACUGAACAACCGUAUUCUAUUAAUACAUUAUUAAAAGAACCAGCUCUUUAUCAAAAAAAUACUGGGAAUAAAGCACUUCAAUGGAAUGUAUUUUUAACUUGGAUAUUUUUUGCCAUAUAUCAUUCAAUAAUAAUUUAUUACAUGACCUACGCAACAUUCUUUAUAAGUGAUGUUUUAAUGUCAAAUAGUGUACCUUCUGAUUUAUCAGGAUUUUCAAUUAUUAUAACACAAAGUCUAGUUCUGGUUACAAAUUUUAAACUUUGGAUUGAAUCAAAAUAUCACAGUUAUUUUUAUAUUGCAACAAUUUGGCUUUCAAUUUUAGUAUUUGUUGCAACUACUGUAGUGUAUAAUGUCAUACCUAUAAUUUUCGAUACACAUAUUUAUUUCUCAUAUAUUUACCUGAUGUCGUCGAUACCAUUUUAUUUGCUAUCAAUAUUUAUAAUAGUAGUCAGUUUACUGCCAGAUUACGUUUUUCUAACAGCUAAAAAUGCAUUAAACAUUCCAAAGAGAAAAUUUUUCCCGGGUGAUGAGAAGGCUAGAAGAAUAAAAUUACAACGUAAUGGUUUAAAUCAUUUGCAAGUACAAUCAACUUAUUUAUAAAAUAUUUGAUGGAUGAACAAGGCUAAUCUAGCCAAAUUUCCAUUACAUUAUAUUUUUUUUUUAAUUUUUUAGAAUAAGAAUUUAAUCUUAAAAUGUUUAUUUUAUUACUAUUAUUGUUAUAUUUAAAAUAGUUAAGAAAUAUGUAUAAAAGUUUUUAAAAAAAAAUGAAGAAAAAUAUGCCAAAAUGUUCCAAAUAACUAAUCUAUGUACGUUAUAAUAUGAAUUAAAAAUUUUUAUUUUUAUAUAAAAAAAAAAAGUAGGUAAAACCUUAGAUAAUAACAAAGUAUGUAGUCGAAGUUCUAAAUGUGAUAGUAAUUAGUAUUUGUUUUAUUU